CUCUCUUUACGAACGAACAAGUUCGCUGUUCACAUAGCAACCUUCAAUAUUUUUAUUAAAAUUAGCGGUGUUCGGGUAGGAAUCGCACGGAUUUGUUGUAAUUUGUUUACCGAACUGUGUGGUGUCUACCUCUGAUAUUUUUGUAAAAAAAUUAUUGACAUGAUUUCAUGACUACAAGAAUAAGGUGACACGUUCAAAAUGAUAAACCUAAAUAUAUUAAAGCAAUCUACGAUUGUUCAUCUAUGUUUUGCAAUAUCUUACUUCACGUCGGGCUUGAUUCUGACCUUUAUACAAGGUGUUUUAUACUUUGGACUCAAGCCGUUCAAUAAAACUUUGUAUAGAAAGAUAAACUAUUAUCUGUCAUAUUCAUUUUAUAGUCAAUUAGUGUUUAUGACAGAAUGGUGGUCAAAAACAAAAUUAUCUAUCUACAUUAAGAAAGAUGAGUACGAUAAAUAUUAUGGUAAAGAACAUGGGUACCUUAUAAUGAAUCACAGUUAUGAAAUAGACUGGCUCAUGGGAUGGCAUUUCUGCAACACCAUAGGAGUUUUGGGAAAUUGCAAGGCUUAUGCAAAAAAAUCCAUCCAAUACUUACCUCCAAUUGGUUGGAUGUGGAAAUUUUCCGAGUUUGUAUUUCUAGAAAGAUCCUAUGAAAAAGAUAAGGAAACUAUUAAACAUCAGAUAUCAGAAUUGUGUGACUAUCCGGAUCCUGUAUGGCUACUAAUGACCCCCGAAGGAACUCGGUACACAAAAAAGAAGCACGAAGCCUCGUUAAGUUUCGCCAAGGAGAAGAAUUUACCUCUUCUGAAACAUCACUUAACGCCACGUACCAGAGGUUUUACCACAAGCCUUCAGUUCUUUAGAGGAAAAAUACCUGUUAUUUACAACAUACAGUUGGCCUUCGAGAAGGAUAGUAAGACUCCGCCUACAUUAACAAGUCUGCUGUAUGGCAAGCCGGUGCACGCCCAUUUGUACAUCGAGCGGAUACCGGUGGAAAAUAUCCCAGUAGACGAAGCAGAAGCAGCCAAAUGGUUGCACGACCUCUUCGUUGUAAAGGACAAAAUGCAAGAUUCGUUCUUCAAUACCGGUGACUUUUUCACGGAAUCUGGAGUUGAACGAACGGAGCCGUUCACCGUUCCUCCGCCCAUCUGGUCUCUGGUGAAUGCGCUCGGCUGGGCAGUCGUCACUCUCACUCCGAUGCUCUAUUACUUGCUCGGUCUUUUGUUCAGCGGAAAACUCCUUUAUUUCUCCAUUGCCUGCGCUAUAUUUGGAGCAUUCUUCAUCCUCCUUCAAAAAUCUAUCGGAAUGUCUAAAAUCAGUCAAGGAUCUUCCUACGGAACAGAAAAGAAGUAACUUACCUGUUGCAGUAUUCAUUCUUUUACAUUGUAUUCUACACCUAAAACCUGUACUGUAUACUAUAUUUUAUAUUAAAAGAAUACAAACUAGAUCAUGUAGUUACAUACAUUGUAUGUACCAUCCUGUUCUGUUUAUAAAUAAACAUAGCAAAUACUUGGCUGAAAAUACUAUAAAUAAAUGAUGGAAUGAGCAAAAGGUGUAUUGUGUGUAUUGAAAUGUUGAAGUUGUACUUUAGUGUAUGAUUUAUUGUUUAAUAUGUAAAAAUCAUCAUAAAAGAAGCUGCUAAUUUUUGAUACGAAAAUAUUGAAGACUACUGCAUUGUUUAAUUUGUUACGAAGUAUUACUGUGACUGUUCAGUUUAUUUAUUGUUAUUUUGUUACAUGAAUAUUCUUUUGACAUGUGUAGAUACGAUAAGCGUAUGUCUCGAUAUGUUGUAUUUUCUGCGCAAUGCUCUUUUAUCUGUUAUUAUGUAAAGUUUAAAUUAUAUACCUAAUAAUAUAUUAAUUUAUAACAACGAUACCGCUAAUCUGAAGAAGUUAAAUAAUCGAUAAAUGUAAAGUCUUAGAUUACUCAUUACAUGAUUAUCUUAUUUCUACCGUGUUACUAUCGGAAUUGAACCGAUUAAAUUAUUACUAUGGAUAAAUUUAGGACUGAACUAAGCGAAAAUUAUAGUAGUGAUUUAAAAAUAGACCAAGAUGAAAUUAUUACAAACUAAAAUGCGUUCCGUAUUUUCUAUUUUUAUAAAAAAAAAUCAUUUGGAUAUCGUUAAAUUUCUAUUUCUCUUUGAUAAAAUCAUGUAAGUAUAUUAUAUAUUAUCCUUAAAAUCCGUGGUGAAGGUACCGAUUUGAUUUCUAGAGUAGUGAACAUCUAAGAGGUGCAUUGGUCUUAUUAGAUAUAGUUUGAGUAAAAUUAUGUACCUAACUAUUGAAUUGAAAAUGUUAAAAUUACAUUAUUUUGUAGGAACUGUCGUGUAGGUAUACAAGAUACAAGAUAAACUGUUAAAAACUACAAAAUUAUAGUUUUGACAGCAUGAAAUGUACGCCACAAAUGAACUCAAUUUUGUGGUUCUAAAAGGACUAACAAAAUUUUGCAAAGACUUUUUAACUAAUUUUGUUUGUAACUUUCAACAGAAAUCCUAAAUUAAAUAUUCUUCAGUAGAUAGUCAAGGAUAAUUAAAUAUUUAUGCACAAAAUAUACAUUCAACAAAGCACAAAAUGUUGUAAACUUUAGAUUGUACGUGCUAUUUUGUUUUUUUUUUUCUUUAAGUGUGAAAGUGUUUUAAGAUUUAUGUUUUUUUACUACGAUAUUGUGUAAUGCCUUGAAAUUUUUGAAAUGUAAUUAUAAAUAGAACGAGAGUGGGGGUAACAGAUAUAAUGCAAAACUUGUUUUCAAUAACAGCAAAUUAUAACUUUUUAUGAGUACAUAAACAAAUAUUGUAUUGAAACUAAAAAUAAUAAUUAUAAUCUCGAAAUUGCUCCGUGAUGAAAUAUUACCUUCUUAUUUCUUUUUAAUUGAAUAUGUAAUGCGUGAUUAAAAGUAAUGACUCAUAACUUAAUGUCGCGAUAGAAUUCGAUUCCCCCAAAAUACUUAUGAAGCCACAUUCUCGUUAACUAGCUCCACUAGUUUGUAUUCAACGAAUUUUCUAACAAUUCAAAAUAUUUUGAUUUGGCUUGUAACAUUGAAAAUAAACUAUGGAAUAUUUGUUUCAUAGUUUCUCAUUAGGGAAUCGAACUACGAAGGUUAAAACGAACCCUAAUGUCUUUUAGAAGUAUUUAUAAUUUAACUCUAAAUCCUACAGGUAAUACUGAUAUUUUUGAUAUGUCUGAUGUACUUUUGAUUUGUAAACUUAUUACAAGAUACCUUGACCUACAUUGGCACCUUGUAAAAAACUGUCGUUAUCAUGAGUGUUAUCUGAGAUGAAAAUCAGGUAUUAUUUUCUAGUAAUAACCAGAACAAGAUAAGCAAGCCUACUCUACUUUUAUAUACUAACGUUUUUUCAGUAUAAUUGCAUUUAUUAGAUAUAGUGUAAGUAUUAUGGUCUCGAUAUUGCUAUUUUUCAGAGGAUAUAAUGCACAAAGAUAUUAAAAUAUUGCAUUGUUACAAAUAUAUAGUAGAAGUAGAUGUAGGUGGCUCCCAGGAAUGCGCUUAAGUUGACAAUGAUGUGAUAGAGACAGUUAUUGUUACAUUUACAAGAUGCUUAUGUUGUCAAAAAUCCUACUCAAUAGGCGUAUUAAAAUUAGUGAUUCUGAUUAUUUCAGUCUAUUCGAUUAGCAAUAAAUAUUGGACGCCAUGUUUGCAAAAAAUAUAUAAAAAGAUAGAGCGUGGGGGUUUGUGACGUCACGGCUCUGUGUCCAAUAUUUUUUGGUCGUAAAAUGAUGAGUAAAUACGUCUUUGUUAACAGGCCUAUUGAUGAGGUACAUACUAGACGAAGAGGCUGCUUUGCUUCUAUAGUUUAACAUAGGUAUCUUAUAGUUUGGAUUAGAAAUCGAUUUAAAGUCGUAUGUGAUUAAAAAUACUGCUGUCGCUAGCGUUUAUGAUGAAUGGGCAAUGUUACAACAAAAAGUGGUUGGUCAGAAAUAUACUGAUCUACACACAUGCGACUUUACAUACUUGUGAUAUGCCAAAUUGACACGAUUCAUAGUUCUACGAACAUAGCACAAUACUGUGUUAAUUAUUAUAGACUUGUACGGUUGAUCGAUUGAGUAUCUACGGUUGAUUAAUUUCAUUUCAAUAGAUAACAUAGAUGUUGUAACUUUGUACGUAUGUUUAUUAUUAUUAAACUUGUACUACUUA